AAUAUAUAUAUUUGUAUGUUUUGAAUGGCUACUUUGCAUUCAUUCAGAUUCUCUUCCCAUACUUAAAGCCAUCAAAUAAGCAUAUGAAUAAACAUCCACACUUUUUCAAUAACAACAAUCCCUUACAUAUUAAUAUUUCAUUUGAGAUAAUUUUCUUGCUGCUUUCUAAAAAAACUUUGUAGAACAAAAAAAAUUCUAAUUUUAGGUAUUUUUUGUCCAAAAAAAUUACUUUAAAAAACAGGAAGAAAACUAUCCCAAAUAAAACCUAAAUCACAUGAAACUGCUCCAGACUAAAAUGAAACCCUUCUUCCCACACAAGUAAUCAAUCCCUUUCUUUUUAUCAAGGCAAUGUACAAACAAACUCCCCAUGCCAACAAGGGAUUCCAUCUUUCCUUUAAGCUAAUGAAAUAUUAUAUAAAACCACCACAGUUCUUUGAUGAAGCAAUCUAUCUAUCUAAAUAUAUGUGGUGAUAAACCAGUCUUCAACUUAGCAAAACCUUCUUCUAAAAUACAUAAUGGCCACAGGUCCAAAGUCUGUGGCAACCUUCUUCCUCUUCAUCAACCUCUUAAUAUAUGCAAUCGUAGUUGUAAUUGCAGGAUGGGCACUGAACUAUGGAAUUGAUGAGACAACACAAGCAGUUUCAGGACUUUCUCUACCAGCUAGACUGUUUCCAAUAUAUUAUCCUAUUGGGAACUUUGCCACCGGAUUUUUUGUCAUAUUUUCCCUCAUUGCUGGUUUGGUAGGCGUUGCUUCGUCCCUCACUGGGCUUCAAAACGUUCUUCAGGGGAACGCAUCAGGCUUGUUAUCUGCUGCGUCGUCUUCAGUUAUUGCUUGGGGUCUCACAGUUCUAGCCAUGGGGUUGGCUUGCAAGGAGAUAAGCAUUGGUUGGAGGACAGCAGGCCUGAGAGCACUUGAGACCUUGACUAUCAUAGUUAGUGGGACUCAGCUUUUGUGCACUGGAGCUAUUCAUGCAGGCCUUACUUCUACUAUCAACCAACCUCACUUCACUGGAAGAGUCUGAAUAUGUGGCAGAAAUUCAACUUUCUUUCCAACCAAUAUCAUCAUUUUAUUCAUUUUCCCUGUUGUUUUUGAGCUCUAGCGAAAAAUGUAUAUUUGCAGUUGAGUAUUUGCAUUAAUUACACCAGUAUCAUUCUGUACAAAAUGUUCAUGCUUUCAGACUUGCUGCAAUAGUAAUUAAUGAUCUCUGUUCUUGUUCUGUCUAAUUUUUUGUC